UGUGCUGUGUUUGUGAACCGAGGCGACCUGUGCGCACAAACAUUUCCCAGCAAUAUAGCGGAGUCCACGGAGCGCAGCGGGUGCAGGGAUUUCCUGGCAGAGCGUCUGCCAAGUUACUCAGCCGGUUGCUCAGUCGUACAGAAUGAUUUCCUUUAAAAAGCCGUGUCCUGGUGGUAAAUUGCCCUGGGAUCAAGUGGGAUCAUUAAACCCCACACGGACGUUACAUUCAAAGCCACAAUAUUAUAAGACGCCGCGUUAUAAGAAAUAAUGCGCCGUUAACCACGAUAAUUGCUUGUUGUCAUAUCGUUUAUCAUGGAAGGUUUCCACGGUCCACUUGCUGCAGUUUCAUAAUGUUCCCACUGUACGCUCGCGUCCCGCGGCUCCUUGUGCCCCGGCGCCGCGGCCUGUCGCUUGCGGUCCAUCACCGGGCCGAGCUCUCCUGGUCGGGGGCCGCGCUAAUGAGCUCCUCCUCCCGGGUUGCGGGGGAUUUACCGCGGGGCGCACUGGCCGGUGCGGGCACCGAGGAGGCUGCGAGCAUUACUGCCACGCAACGGAGCACAGGCAACGCCGGCGAGUGCGCUCCUCGGCUUAACGUCAUUGCGAAAGUUCGGUGAGCGACGCAGUCACUUGGCGCCCGUUGCGCGCAAAGAUGCGCCAAGCUGUUGGUACAUUGAUCAGGAAAACACGCUCCAUGAGGUAAGACUGAUUUCCGUCAGUCCAUAAAUGAAUUGGAAAUUGUUUUUAUUUUCACGUGUUUUUAUUAUUUAUUUGUUUUUAUUCCGCAGGUGUAACCGCGGAGGAGAUGCUUUCAUCCCUUUAGUGUGAAGACCCGCACUCACCAAUGACGGUCACCUACACGGCCAGAGUCGCAAACGCCCGCUUCUGCGGCUUCUCCAAGCUGCUUCUGGCCUGGAAGGGCAGCAUCUACAAGGUGCUGUACAAGGAGUUCCUGGCGUUCUUCGCCAUGUACACCGCCAUCAGCAUCACCUACAGGUUCUUCCUCUAUGAUGAUCAGAAGAGAUAUUUCGAAAAACUGGCCAUUUAUUGCAACUAUUAUUCCAGUCUCAUCCCUAUGUCCUUCGUACUUGGCUUCUACGUGACCCUGGUUGUGAACCGGUGGUGGAACCAGUACACCAGCAUCCCGCUGCCCGACAGGCUCAUGUGCGUCCUCUCCGGGGGCCUCCAGGGCAGCGACGAGCGGGGGCGCCUCCUCAGGCGCACCAUGAUGCGCUACGCCAGCCUGUCGGCCCUGCUCAUCCUCCGCUCGGUCAGCACGGCCGUGUUCAAGCGCUUCCCCACCGUGGACCAUGUGGUGGAGGCUGGAUUCAUGACACGAGAGGAGCGAAAGAAGUUCGAGGGCCUCCACUCCCCCUAUAAUAAAUACUGGAUCCCCUGCGUUUGGUUCUCCAACCUGGCAGCCGUCGCCCGCUGUGAGGGCAGGAUCAAAGACGAUCACACGCUCAAACUACUGCUGGAGGAGCUGAAUGCAUUCAGAGGGAAGUGCAGCAUGCUGUUCCACUAUGACAUGAUCAGCGUUCCGCUGGUCUACACUCAGGUUGUGACUUUGGCCGUGUACAGUUUUUUCCUCGUGUGCCUCAUUGGGCGUCAGUUCCUGGACCCCGGGCAGGGCUACCAAGGUCAUGACCUGGACCUUUACGUGCCCAUCUUCACCCUGCUGCAGUUCUUCUUCUAUGCUGGAUGGCUCAAGGUGGCAGAGCAGCUGAUCAACCCUUUUGGAGAGGACGAUGACGACUUUGAGACCAACUGGCUGAUAGACAGGAACUUCCAGGUGUCCAUGAUGGCGGUGGAUGAGAUGUACGGCGAUCUGCCCGUGAUGGAGCGAGACCGUUACUGGAACGACUCCAACCCCCGGCCGCCUUACACAGCGGCCACGCUCUUCGUGCUGCGCAAGCCGUCCUUCCAGGGCUCCACCUUCGACAUGGCCAUCCCUAAGGAGGAAAUGCACUUCCAGCCUCUGGAGGACAUUGCAGAGAACCUGGAGGAGUCAGGAAGUCAUCACCCCAACGUGGCCCUCUUCAACCGCCUGCUCAGCGCCGCCCCCUCCCCCACCGGCUUCAUGGAAGGAGCUCUUCGCCGCACCUCGACCCACAUCCAGAGGCUGCGCCACUCCCCGAGCAUCGACCAGUGCACCAGCGACGACAACGACGACGAGAGCUGUAAAAUAGGCGGCUCCCUGCCGUCGGGUCUGGGGCAGGAGACCCAGAGCACCGUGUGCAGCGCCAGGGACGAGCGCAGCGCCAGGACGCCCCUGCGGGAGGUCGAGUUCGGGGUGGAGCCGGAGGGGCGGGGGGAGCGUCCUGCCGCCGGUGAACUGAGGGGUGAGGAGCGGGUGAGCGUGAGGGGGCAGUCCUCAGCGCCCGUGGUCCUGCUCCCCGCCCCCCCUCCGUCCUCCAGAGGGAAGUCGUCUCGAGCGGCCUCCGGUCGGGCCCCCGCCUUCAUGUUUCACCACGCCACCGCCGCCUCCUGCCUGGAGCACUGCAGCUCCCAGCCGGCCAUCAAUCAGAUCAAAACACGGCCCAGCGGCCCCGAGCCUCCGUUUGCUGGGCCCAACAUGUCCUUCCUCACGGUGCCGUCCCACGAGCCUCAGCGCGGCCGCAGCGUGAGCGUGGGGUCCGAGCUGCCCGGGUCCUAGGUGGUCCGCGGGUUCCAGGUGGGCCGCGGCGUUGCCCCUGUUUAAAACCUCAACGCUUGAUUCAUAGCAGCGUUUCGCAAGCGGUGUUAGUCAUGACAGCACUUUUACUUUGAGUCUGCAAAACGUUCGGGGUCACGCAACGACCGGUUCCUGAUAAUAAGCUCAGUUAAAGCAAGAGAUUAGGAUUGGCUGUCACCCACUGUCGCUUGGGGCCUGGGAGGAAAAUGGAGUUAAAGACACCACUGGAAACUUUACAGACUCCUUAAAGAGUGUGUGAGAAUAAAAUUAUAUAUUUAACCUCAGCACACCUUAAUAAUCAACACUGUGACAUCAUUUAGUCUAGUUUAGCCCAGAGAGAAUAAAAAGCUAAGUAACCAGUGACAAGUUCAUCCAAAACUCACCUGGAAUUAAUUGUUGUUUAUUCACUAGGAUCAUUAAAAAUCCUGUUGUUGGGUCAUUUCUUAUAUAGACGCAUACUGACUGCGACAAAUGUAACCUCACAGCAACAUGGGACAGAUGUUGAGUAAGAUUCAAAUGGAAAUUUAGUUAUAAUUUUAGUUAUAAACCCAAUGAAAAUAGCAGCGUGACUUUUCUUUCUCUACUUCACUACCGGCUCUGGUCAACAGGGGGCGGUAGCAGCAAACUGAAGAGAGCAGAGCAAGCUCAGUCCUCUGAUAAAACACAGAAAAAGCCUUCUGUCUGGGUUUGAGUCUUGCUUCCCGUCCUGCCGUGUCUCCCUGCAGCUGAA